GGAGUGGGUAAGGGCAAACACGUGUGUGUGCACGGGGGGCAUGGGUGUGCAGGUGCAUUUGCACAGAGGGGUGGGUGUGCAUGGGAUGCGUCAGUGUGUGUGCAGCUUGCACACCUGUCUGUGCUCUUCCUUGCACAAGGGUGAGUGUGCAUGCAUUGCACAGGUACAUGUGUGCAUGCGUGCGUGUGUGUGCAGCACUCAAUUAACCAGCACACACCUGCACCAAGCAGCCCUCCGCCCUGUGCAUGUGUGUGUGUUAAGGCCGCAGGGUGCGGUGGCCAUAGGGUGCCACGGCUGUAGCGUGCCAUGGCCAUAAGGUGCGGUGGCCGUAAGCUCCUGUGCCACUAAGCCGCGGUGGCUAUAAAGCUGCGGUGGCUGUGAGGUGCCGUGUCUGUAAUCCCCUCUGUCUCCAAGCCGCCGUGUCUGUCAGCUGCCCGGGCUGCGUGGCGCUGGGGCGAUACAGUGCGGUGUCUGUUAGGUGCUGUGCAUGGUGACAGUCAUGUGGGCUGCUCUGCUGCUGCUGGUGGCCCUGGGCACACUGGCACUGGGGCUGGUGGCCCACCGGCUCCUGGCCCCGUCUGGCAACCCCUUCGCUCGGCCACCCCUGGAGCCCCCCCGGCCGCUGGUGACAGAGCCGCGUGCCCGUGACAAGGUCCUGAAGCAGGGGUUCAGCAUGCGCCGGGUGCCACUGGCACUGGAUGCUGUGGUCAUCGGCAGCGGCAUGGGGGGCCUGGCGGCGGCUGGCACCCUGGCCAAGGCGGGCAAACGGGUUCUGGUGCUGGAGCAGCAUGACCAGGCCGGCGGGUGCUGCCACACCUUCCAGGAGCGGGACAUCGAGUUCGAUGUGGGCAUCCACUACGUGGGGCAGAUGCACGAGGGCAGCAUGCUGCGCGUAGCGCUGGACCAGCUGACGGACGGGCAGCUCUGCUGGCAGCGCCUGCCCGACCCCUACGACGAGGUGGUACUGGGCCCCCGGCACUAUCAGCUCCGCGCUGGCAAGACCGCCUUCGCCGCUGCACUGGAGGAGCAGUUCCCAGCCGAGAAGGAGGCCAUCAGGGAGUUCAUGAGGCUUUCCAAGAUGGCCUCGCGGCACGUGGCGCUGCUGGUGGUGUUGAAGCUGAUGCCGCGGUGGCUGGCUGCCCUCCUGGUCCGCACUGGCCUCAUCUACCGCAUCUCGCCCGUCUUCCGCAUGGCAGCCACCAGCCACAGCGAGGCCGUGGCUCAGCUGACGGCUGACCGUGACCUGCGUGCCCUGCUCAGCUACCUCUUCUACGGCACGGCACCGCGGGACUCCAGUUUCCUGGUGAAUGUGCUGAUGCUGCACCACUACCAGCGCGGGGCUUGGUACCCGCGUGGUGGGGCCAGCGAGGUUGCCUUCCAUGCUGUGCCCCUCAUCGAGCGUGCAGGGGGGGCCGUGCUGGUGCGCGCCCCUGUCACCCGCAUCCUUGUCUCCCCCGCCGGCACUGCUGUGGGGGUGGUGGUGCAGAAGGGCCCGAGCGAGGAGGAGGUGGAGAUCCUAGCCCCCAUCGUCAUCUCCGAUGCUGGCAUCUUCAACACCUUUGGCAAACUGCUGCCCCCCCAGCUCCGCAGCCACCCAGGCAUCCUCUCCCGCCUGGCCAUGGUGCGGCAUGGCAUGGGCUCCUUCCUGGUGUUCGUGGGGCUGCGGGGCAGCGCGGCCGAGCUGGCCCUGCCGGCCACCAACUUCUGGAUCUACCCCCACAACGACCUGGAUGCCAUGAUGACCCGCUACACCACCCUGAGCCGCGAUGAGGUCCCCGAAAACCUGGCCAUGAUGUUCAUCACCUUCCCCGCAGCCAAGGACCCCACCUACGAGCAGCGGCACCCGGGCCGGUCGUGCAUGACCAUCCUGACCAUGGCGCGGUAUGAGUGGUUUGAGGAGUGGGCUGGGACCCACGCCAAGCAUCGCGGCCCCAACUACCAGCAGUACAAGCUGGCCAUCGCCCAGCGGCUGCUGGAGCGUGCUCUGCAGCGCUUCCCUCACCUCCACGACAAGGUGGAAUUUGUGGAGGCGGCAUCACCGCUCACCAACCAGCACUACCUGGCGGCUCCUCGCGGGGAGAUGUACGGGGCUGAGCACGACGUCGGCCGCUUCAGCCCGGCCGUGGUGGCUGCCAUGAGAGCAGAGACGCCUGUGAAGAACCUCUACCUUACAGGGCAGGAUGUGUUCAGCUGCGGGCUGGCGGGGGCCCUGCACGGGGGGCUGAUCUGCGCCUCCACUGUCCUGGGCCGCCUGCUCUACCUGGACCUGCUGCUCCUCAAGAAGAAGAUCAAGCGGCGCCAGGUCCGGCAAGCGGCGUGAGUGGCCGGGGACACCGGCUGUGGGGACAGCCCUGUGCCAGGGAGUGCUCCUGGUUCAAUAAACCCCAAUGUCCCGCUUG